ACGGAAUAUUUAAUUAACAAUCGGGAGAAACGGAAAUUGUUGGAAGAUGCGUUUGAUUCUUUUGCUCUUCACUGGGAGCCUGUGCCUCGCUUUCUGCUAUGCGUUGGCUUCAAAGGACGUUACAGUUCAGGAUGAUAAAGUUAUCGCACUUUUAAAUCUGGCCGAUCAGGGCGAAGGUCAUCAAAAUGAGGGUCAACGAGAGGCACGCGCCGGCGGGUAUUGUUGUCGUGGUGGAUACGGACGUGGUGGAUACGGAGGUGGUGGAUACGGACGUGGUGGAUACGGACGUGGUGGAUAUGGACGUGGUGGAUACGGAGGUGGUGGAUAUGGACGUGGUGGAUACGGACGUGGUGGAUAUGGACGUGGUGGAUAUGGCCGAUAUGGACGAUAAAAGAUUUGUUGAAAUUAUUUACAUACAA